AUGGCGGAGUCGGGUGAGCCUCUGAUGGGCCCGAGCCACUACCUCGAAGACGGCCCACUCCUCCCGUUCGGUGGGGCCAUCCGUCGCAUCGCUCCGCUGCGCCAGGCGGCCCCCGCCGCCGCUGCCGCAGGAGCGCCAGAGGAGCUGGCCCCGGACGCGCUGCAGCCGCUGCCGCCGCCGGACGAGGCCGACUGCCCUACGCCGCGACUCGAGCUCGACCCGCCGAAGGGACACGAGUGGGUGCUCAAGGAGGCGCCAGGGCUGGGUCGAGUGAUGCAGCGCACGAGACAUGACAUACGCCUCGAUGAGCGGAACGCCGUGGUGCGGCUUGAGGGCGGCUGGCAGCGCGUGUUGGCGGUGGUGCCCGACGAGAAGGCCGAGCUCGUGAGGAGCGUGCGAGAGGCCUACCGUGGGCGUAAGUUCGAGGAGUGGAUGGAGGAUCGAAAGGGCGUCGAGGUGGCAGACUCCGCUGGGCUGGCUGAGAUCGGCGAGCGCGCAGGUGCCUUGGCGGAGCACCGCGAGCGCGCAGGCGUGCAGGAGGAGGCCGAGGAGGUCAGGGCCCUCUGGGUCGUGAUGGACGAAGCUGGGGAGCGCCAUAAGCCCUGGCGCUCUGUCGCGCGCGAGCUGAGCUUCCACCUCUUCCCAGACUGGCCUUUCGAGGGCCAGCGCUCGCAGACGCUGCGCAUGGCUAAGAGGUUCGAGAGGACUGGCGGGGGCCCGCUCUGGUGGCUGGCGCUGUGGCUUCGGGAGAAGGGCAUCGGUCAGAAUGAGCGCGCGGCGAUCGAGAUGGCCACCCCCCUGGCGGCGGUUCAGCAUGCAGGAUCGUAUGAUCAGUUGAACAUCGCGUCCCUGGCUUCCGUGGAGGUGAUGUGCCGACGAGUGGCCCAGAUCACAGAGGCCUGCCGCGACGACCCCUCGAGGCCCAAGUGGCAGGGCCUGGAGCCAUGCAUGGGCAUCGCUGGGCCGUUGGAGGUCGUCGAUCCAGGUCUGAGGGGCGCGGUUGCCCGCAAGAACAAGGAGAAGGCCGAGAUUGAGAAUGUGGCGAGCAGGCUCAGCGGGCAGCCCGCCUGGAGCCAGCUCGUGGCGGACGCGGCGGAGGGGCUGCCUGGCGGCCCAUCGGGCCCGAAGGGCCCAAAGGGUCCGAAGGGCCCCGAGGCUGGCGGCGGCAGGGGCGGCCUAGACGGCGGCAAGCUGAUCGCAGGGGUGCAUGCGUGCAGUGUCAGAGCGGCUCAGGCCACUCCGGGCAAGGGCGCGAUCCCCCUGCCGCGAGAGGCCUUCCAGUCUCUCCUCAACGGCCGCUCAGGCGACGAAGCUGACGCGUGCGGAAGAAGCAUCGGACACCUCCAGCAUGUGCGGCAGAUCUCUUUGCCCGAGUCAGUCGUGGGCGCGCCUCGCCUGCUCGAGAUUUUGCCCAGUGAUGUACGCCGCUAUCUGGAGAGUGGAUUGAAGCGCAUGCUGCUGUCUGACUCCGAGCGCGAGGCUCGGAUAGCGGAUUCGGGGACUACUCCCCACUGGGACCCCGCCUUUCUUCCAGGCCGCACAAUUUACCUGCUGCUGAUGCGGGAUUUGCGGCACCGUGGCGUUCUUGCGUUCCUGGGCCCAGAUGAGGAUGCUUUUCGCAGACUCAAGAUUGAUCGCGGGCUCUCCGCCUUCUUUUGCUUGCAGCCCGUGCGCGCGAAAGAGUUGGGGCUCGCGGGCAAGAACAUUAAUGGCGUGGUCGUGGGAACCGAGUCCUGGGCGCUUCCUGCGUUUAAGAGCCCCCCGAUGGGCUUCGCCUGGUCGCUCUAUUUCUGCAAGCGCACGGACGAAAACCAUGUCGGAGCCGAGACUUGCGUCCCGUUGUCGCAGUGGCAGAUGCUUCUGAAUACGGAUAGGUUAGACAACUACAAGGACUGCAAGGACGAUGCGAUAGGGGGCGACGACGACGGGAACUUCAGGGAGGUGUCAGGCGAUGCGAAUGACCCGCUGGGCGUCUAUGGGGCCUCGGAGGUUGUCAACCAGCCGCUGCUGACAGAUGCGAUGCCAGACUAG